CAGUGUAAAUCGAAUUCUACACAGCUUUCUGAGCUCACACUCUCAUUUGCCAUGGCAGAAAAGGAAACAACCAACAGCAAAUACCAGCAAUUCAAACGUCAACCUCGCUUACCCAAAUUCGCCCUGCCCAAACGCUACGAUCUCAAGCUCAAACCCGACCUCACCGCUUGCAAAUUCUCCGGCACCGUCGACAUCUCCGUCGACGUCGUUUCCGAUACUAAGUUCCUCGUUCUCAAUGCCGCCGACCUCUCCGUCCGCGCCAACUCCGUUCAUUUCACAUCCUCUUCCAACAAGGCUUUCGACGCGGUGGCCGUGGACCUGUGCGAAGAGGAUGAGAUAUUGGUGCUGGAGUUCGCUGAGAGUUUGCCGAUCGGAGUUGGGAAUUUGAGUAUUGCCUUUGAUGGAACCCUAAAUGACAGGAUGAAAGGCUUUUACAGAAGUGUCUACGAGCAUAAUGGAGAGAAAAAGAACAUGGCUGUGACGCAGUUUGAACCAGCGGAUGCUAGGCGAUGCUUUCCAUGCUGGGAUGAACCAGCUUGUAAGGCUACAUUCAAGAUAACGCUGGAAGUACCAUCGGAACUCGUUGCACUCUCAAACAUGCCAGUUCUUGAAGAGAAGGUGAAUGGAAAUCUUAAGACAGUUUCCUAUCAGGAGUCACCUAUCAUGUCUACAUACUUGGUGGCGGUUGUUGUUGGUUUAUUUGACUAUGUCGAAGAUCAAACUCCUGAUGGAGUUGUUGUACGAGUAUACUGCAAGGUUGGCAAGGUAGAUCAGGGGAAAUUUGCUUUAGAUGUUGCAGUCAAAACGCUUGGUAUAUAUAAAGAGUACUUUGCUCUGCCAUAUUCCCUUCCCAAAUUAGACAUGAUUGCAAUCCCUGAUUUUGCUGCUGGGGCGAUGGAGAAUUAUGGUCUAGUUACAUAUCGAGAAACGGCUUUGCUAUAUGAUGAUAAACACUCUGCAGCUGCAAACAAGCAGAGGGUUGCAACUGUUGUUGCCCAUGAACUUGCACACCAGUGGUUUGGCAAUCUUGUGACAAUGGAGUGGUGGACGCAUCUAUGGCUAAAUGAGGGCUUUGCAACAUGGGUUAGCUAUUUAGCAGCUGAUGCUUUAUUCCCAGAAUGGCAAAUUUGGACUCAAUUUACUGACGAAAGUACCGAGGGACUUCGGUUGGACGGGCUUUCAGAAUCGCAUCCAAUUGAGGUAGACAUAAAUCAUGCUGCUGAGAUUGAUGAGAUUUUUGAUUCAAUAAGUUACAGAAAGGGUGCAUCUGUGAUUCGGAUGUUACAGAGCUAUCUUGGUGCUGAAUGUUUUCAGAGGGCACUGGCUUCAUACAUUAAAAAAUAUGCUUGCUCAAAUGCAAAAACAGAAGAUUUGUGGUCUGUCCUCGAGGAGUCAUCUGGAGAGCCUGUGAACAAGCUAAUGAAUUCGUGGACUAAGCAGAAAGGAUAUCCAGUUGUCUCUGCCAAGUUGAAAGACCAGAUUUUGGAAUUGGAGCAGUCACACUUUUUACUUAGCGGUUCUCCUGGAGAUGGUCAAUGGGUUGUUCCAGUAACUCUGUGCUGUGGAUCCUAUGAUUCUCAUAAAAGCUUUUUACUGCAAGCAAAAUCUGAAGCUCAUGAUAUCAAAGAAUUGUUAGGUGCCUCAGUGUCUAAAAGCAGUUCUUGGGUGAAAAUCAAUUUGGACCAGGCGGGUUUCUACCGUGUAAAAUAUGAUGACGAUCUAUCAGCAAGACUAAGACAUGCAAUCGAGAAAAAGUACUUGUCAACCAUGGAUCGAUAUGGAAUUUUGGAUGACUCAUAUGCCUUGUCGAUGGCAUGUCAGCAGUCCUUAGCCUCUCUGCUUGCCUUGAUGGGUGCUUACAAGGAGGAGAUUGAUUACACUGUUUUGUCUAACUUGAUUAGUAUAAGUGCUAAGGUUGCAAGAGUUGCUGCCGAUGCUGUUCCUCAGCUACUGGAUAACAUUAAACUUUUUUUCAUCAAUCUUUUCCAGUAUUCUGCAGGGAGACUAGGUUGGGAUCCCAAGCCUGGGGAGAGCCAUCUAGAUGCCAUGUUGCGGGGUGAACUCUUGACUGCACUGGCUCUAUUUGGACAUGAAGAGACUCAAAAAGAAGCAAGUAGGCGCUUCAGCAUAUUCCUGGAUGAUAGAGAUACACCUGUUCUUCCACCAGAUUUGCGAAGGGCUGUGUUUGUGGCCGUAAUGCAGAAAGUUAGUAAAUCAAACAGGUCAUGCUACGAUUCUCUUUUGAGAGUUUACAGAGAGUCUGACCUCAGCCAGGAGAAAACACGAAUACUAGGCUCACUGGGAUCAUGUCAGGAUCCUGAAGUCAUUCUUGAAAUUCUCAACUUCUUAUUGUCUUCUGAGGUGCGAAGUCAAGAUGUUGUUCACGGGCUUGGUGUUAGUAGAGAGGGACGUGAAAUUGCUUGGAAAUGGCUGAAAGAUAAUUGGGACCAGAUAGUUAAAACUUACGGUGCUGGAUUUUUGGUUACUCGUUUCAUCAGUGCAGUUGUGUCGCCGUUUUCCUCCUAUGAGAAGGCAGCAGAAGUAGAGGAGUUUUUCGCAAGCCGCAUAAAGCCGUUUAUUGCCAGGACCUUGAAGCAGAGCAUAGAGAGAGUUCAUAUCAAUGCAAAGUGGGUCCAAAGCAUUCAAAAUGAGAAAAAUCUUGAAGAUGUAGUGACGGGGCUGGCAUAUAGGAAAUCAUAGUGUGGUUUUCCCCUUGGCCUGGGAAGCGUCUCAACAUUGUUCUUUUACCGGUUUUUUUUUUCGUGAAUAAUUUAUCGUAAAGUUCAUUUUUCAAGUGUACUACCAGAAAUAUGAGUGUGACAAUAUAAAUAAAUGGCCAAUCUUCCUUUCUAGCUGUUGCUUCUA